ACUGCAGGACUUGUUUUGAAAGUUAAUCGCCGCGCAUGCGCAGUAAAGUUGGUGGGGAUGAACUAUGGUCGAUGUGGGGCAGCCCCUGGAAUAGUGUUUUUGUGUAUUGUCUACUAUAGGAACUUCAGGAUAAGAGUGAAAACAGGGAAGGAAGUGUGGAAGUAAAUUUUGGGUAUUGAUCGAGUCAAGAGAAGUACAAAAUGGUUAACGAUGCUAUGUUUUAUCGAGGACUCAUAGCCCUUGCUAUGGGACUCGGAGUUGCACUAGGUGCUGUUUCAUUUUUUAUUAUAGAACAGUUCUCAACGAAAAGACGAUUAGCUGUAGAACAUGAUGUACAUAGGUUAGCAACUGAUAUUGACGACUUAAGGUACGAAGUUCAACAACUUCGAGAAGCAGGAGGCAAGAAAAACAAAUCAGGAAAGCGUAACGCACGAAGUAUUUCAAGUAGAAGUACCACAAGUGAUGGAACGUCUGAUGUCGAGCUUUUAUCCGCGAUUGGAUCCACAGAAGAUGACGAGGAGUUCUUUGAUUUUUCUGACAACGAAAGUGAAACUGGAGAUUCUGAGCUGACAAGCCUCCUCCGUGAAGUGGACGGUUUGCUGAGGGGCAGUGCUGAUCAACAACAGACGGCAUUUUAUUUGUUGGAACAACAUUACAACCAAUACUCCGAGGAGCCCGAGCUGCUGUGGCGGCUCGCGCAGGCAUCGCACGCCCUGACAGCGACUAUGGAGGAUGCAGUAACUCCUGAAAGGAAGAAAUCCAUUAUACAGAAGGGUUGUGAGCAUGCAGAACGGGCAGUGAAGCUCAACCCAUCUAGUUACGAGGCACACAAAUGGUACGCCAUCAAUGUCGGUACCCGGGGACAGUUGUCGGGCCUCAAGGAAAAGAUCUCCGAUGGUAUUCUUUUCAAGAAACACGUUGAUGAAGCACUAAAACUGAAGCCAAAUGAUGGUUCAUUGCAUCAUCUCUUAGGGAGAUUCAACUUUGAGGUAGCAUCUCGCCCGUGGAUGGAGCGUUCAAUGGCUUCGACUUUGUUUGGCCUGCCAUCUGUGUCAAUUAAAGAUGCCCUUGAGCAUUUCUUGAAGGCCGAAAGACUGACAAGAACACCAUGGAAGGAGAAUCGUCUCUUUAUUGCUCGGUGUCAUGAUGCACUUGGAAACACUCCAGCAACAGUUGAGUGGUUGGAGAAGGCAGAUGUUGUUGAAAGCAUCACAUUGGGUGAUGAAGAUGCAGAGAAAGCACUACAUGACCUUUCAAUUAAAUAUGAGUCACAUCUAAGGAAUAGAAGGAAACGGGAGUAAGUUGUGCUUUGCUACAGAGCAGAUGAAAGCCCUGUGAAGCUCCUGUUAUAAUGCCUUACAGGAAAGGCAUUCAAUUCAUUCCAUUUGUGUGUUAUGGAAAAGGGCAGGAGGCGAAACCUACUUUAUGGACAGUGGUGGUUGCCCUUCAUCCGUAUUAGUCUUAAAGUGACGUAUUUCAAGAAGAUAUGUUAGUGAUUUUGUCUCUGUGAUAUUUGUGUGGUGUCCAAAUCUGUGAUUGUGCAUUGUACUAUUUAUGAAGAAUGAUCUGUAGCAUGUUACAAAAAUAUGAUUAACGUCAGAAGUUCACAUUGUAUAGAAUCAGCAACCCACCUCGCUCUCUCUCUCUCUCUCUCUCUCUCUCUCUCUCUCUCUCUCUCUCUCUCUCAGAAGGUCGAGUCUAUCCAGGGUGCGUGCUUGGAUAACGGAAGCUGUUAAGCCUGUCGCUCGAGUAAAUAGGGAAAUUGGGGUUCGAGUCCCGGUCUAGCAAAAUGUUUCAUUUUCUCCAAUAAACUGUGCAGCUUCAGUUUCUCCAUAUUUUGUGUGUGUGGUGUGUGUGGGUGCGCACUGAUUCUAUUUUGUUAAUGAUGCAGUUAUAUUAUUUGAUCUGUUAAAGUAUCAUUUGAUAUUUCCUGUUUCUUUGGUGUACAGUUUUGUGAUUUUUAUUGUUCUCUAACAGGAAAACAUUUCCUUCUGUCUUUAAAAUUGAAAACCUGCAUGAAUAGCUCUACGUUUUUAAUAACAAUUAUUUCCAAGAAUUUAGUACCAAAAUAAUGCAAAGCGUAGUCAUUCGAAGGAAAAAGUGUUCCUAACUACCUGAAUCACCCCCAAAUUUGGUGAAAUUAGCACCUUUUUUAUAUGUGUGUAAAUAAUUAGCUGUUUAUCAUGUUACUUGCCUGAAGACAAAAAUGAUCACCAAAACAAUAAAUGAAUAAAUAAACAGUGCU